AUGCGGAAUAUCUAUAACCUGCCACAGGCCCUCGUGGCUUUCCUUUCUCUAUCCACUCGACUCUUUGCUUCGGUUGCCCAAGCAACCGACUUCCCUCCCAACUGCGAUGCCGGUUGCCAGGCGGCAUUCACGGCCUCUCUCGCCGCGGAGAGUGCGCAGUGGGUGAGCCAGGAUGUAGCCACCGAUCCGUUCUACGCCAACCCGGCGAAUCUAUCCGAUUACGCCGCCGGCGACAUCAUACGGUGGGAAGAUAUCCCCAGCAUCGAAUUCGUUGCUCAGGGCUAUGACACUCCGCCGGCAACAACCCUGUCGCGUGUCCUUUACAUGAGCGAGGACAUCAACGGCAACCCCAUCCCCGCCAGCGCUUUUGUCCUGUUGCCCUUCACCAGCCUCGCGGGAGACGGCAAUCCUCUCCGAACAGUCGUCUGGACUCACGGAACGGCUGGCAUCAGCCGUCAAUGCGCCCCCUCGAACAACAAGGAGCUCUACUAUACCUGGGAGGGACCCUUCCCCCUGGUCCAGCAAGGAUACGCGGUCAUUGCCCCGGACUACGCGGGACAAGGCAGCGACAUUCCGCAGGGAUUCAUGUACGAGUCUGGCGCCCUGCAUGCUCUGGACGUGAGUUUCGCUCUGCAGGCUGUGCGGAAGAAGCUCGGGGACCGCAUCACGCACGAGUGGGUGGUCGUCGGACACAGCGAAGGAGGCAUGACGGCCUGGCGUGUCAACGAGCGUGAGAAGCACAACGCAACUGGAGGGUUUCUGGCAGCUGUAUCUGGUGCUCCUGCUCUGCGGCCUCUCUCGCUCGUCCCGCAAUCCUGGCGUCUCGCGGGUGACGGGCCCGUUCACGAUACCGUCUCAAUCUACGUGUUGCAGUCGAUUUCGAAGCUCAUCCCUUCUGUCAAGAUAGAGAACUACAUCAGCGACAUCGUUGCAAGCCGCAUCCCCCUCGCGAAUCAGGGCUGCCUCCGAACCGGCGAGACCAUCUACGGAAACCUGACCCUUCCCGAACUCUACAAGAAUACCAGCUGGAUUGACCUGCCGGAGGUCAUCGACUGGCAGAAACGCUACAACGGUGCUGGUCCGUAUGAGCUGGCGGGUCCCAUGAUGGUUCUCCAGGGCACUGCUGAUCCGUUGGUGUAUGCCAACCUGACCGUGGCGGAUUAUAAUGCGACCUGCAAGGAGUUUCCGCAUACCUCGGCGCACCUCUAUCUCUAUCCCGGUCUCAAUCAUGACUUUGCUUUUAUUGCGGCGCAGGAGCAGUUCUUGCCGUGGAUCAGGGAUCGAUUCGAUCACGUCCCCGUGUCGAAGGGAUGUCAAUAUACCACUGUCGUGCCGUCUACUCAGGUUUAA